AUGCAGCUCAAAAUGUUCGGUAAAGGCCGAACCCUUCGAUGGGCUAUCACCUUUAUCUGUGAGAUUGCAUUCAUAUUUUUCGGAUAUGGUCAAGAUGUCAUGUGUGGUUUGGUUACGAACGUGGAUCUACUACGAGUUUUGAAGAAUCCGAGCGACAGUGCCUUGGGUAUCAUGCUGAGCAUUUAUAACCUUGGAUGCUUCACUGGCUGCUUCAUUAACUGGGUGAUUGGUGACGGAAUUGGCAGACGCAAGGCCAUAUAUUUCGCUAUGGGCUGGAUUAUUAUUGGUGCAACGCUCCAGGCAUCCGCUUUCAGUCUUGCGCGUAUAAUGGUAGGAAGAUUUGUUACCGGCAUCGGUACGGAUAUCAAGACUUCUACGGUGCCUGUGUAUCAGAGUGAGCUGUGCGAAGCAUCCAAGCCUGCCUUCCUGGAUUAUGGUAUGGUUCAUGUUGAUGGACCGCUGGGAUGGAGAUUGCCAAUCGCUUUUCAGCUUGUGUUCGCAUUCGUUGUUUGCUUCAUGACUCUAGGAGUACCCGAAUCCCCCCGUUAUCUCUACCGGAAAGAUAGAGGCGAAGAGGCAAUCCAAGUGCUCUGCGACGUCUACGACAAAGAUCCAAACCGUGAAACCAUCAUGAGAGAGCAGGCCGAUAUUACUGAAGCACUACAGACGGAACGCAGUGCAGAAAGAUUCCAAUGGCGCAAUAUCCUCAAAAAGGAUGAAAAGUCCAAACGGGAAAACGUACUACAUGCCCACUGUGCUCCGGAGAGACGCUGGUCUCUCACACUAGAUGGCGGUUCUUCUUGGCGCAGUAAUAGCUUCAAUCUCAUGUUCCUCAUCGGCUCCAUCUUUCCUACCACUAUGGCUGAUCGGAUUGGACGUCGCAAGCCAAUGAUGCUCGGCUCGCUUGGGUGUGGCCUCGCCAUGAUGUGCGUCAGUAUCUUGUUGAGUUUCAAAGACACUUCAGUCUCUCACCAGAUGUCGAUUGGGGCCGUUGCCUGCUUCUUUCUGUUCAUGCUCUUCUAUGGCGCGGCCGUUCAAUAUCCAGUGGAAGGCCUAUCUCAUCUUCAUGUGCCUUACUUUGCUUUCGUCCCACUGGUCUACUUCAGCUACCCUGAAACGGCGAACCUAACUCUUGAAGAGGUUGACUUGCUUUACGCCGAGCACGGAACACCUGCCCGGAAGGUUGCUGAAAGAUUCCAGAAGCAGAUCAAGGAGCAUGGACGGGGUAUUAUGUAUGACAUUCGCACGCCGGCAAUCAAGACUGAUGCAAGUCAUGUUGAAGAAGUAAAAUAG